AUGAAGGGCGAAACCCCCGUCAACAGUACCAUGAGCAUCGGGCAGGCCCGCAAGAUGGUGGAGCAGCUCAAGAUUGAGGCCAGCAUGUGCCGGAUAAAGGUAUCCAAGGCAGCAGCUGAUCUGAUGACAUACUGUGAUGCCCACGCCUGCGAAGACCCACUCAUCACCCCGGUGCCCACCUCCGAGAACCCGUUCCGUGAGAAGAAGUUCUUCUGUGCCCUGCUCUGA